AUGGCGCCUACUAGUCCGCUCAUGCCGUUAGCUCAUAUAACUGUGGCGUACGCUAUUGUGGGCUGCCGCCAUGAAGAACUUUUUUCGAUUAUUGCGGAUCGUUUUGUGAACCAAAAAGCAGACAUACCUGCAGUGACCAUCGCGUCUGUGCUCAGUGCCUUUGCCUCUAUUGGUAUCCGCAAUGAUCGACUAUUUAUUGAGUCUAUCCCACGAGUGCGUCAUGUUGGUCAAUAUGGAACUCCCAAAGACAUUGCAAAUGUGGUUUACGCCUAUGCGCAGGUUGGGUUGUGGCAUUAUAAGCUGUUUGUGCGAUUGGCAGAUCGUGCCAUUCAAUUACGUGGCGAAUUUCGAUGCGACCACCUUGCACGUCUGCUGGAGGCGUACGCACGUGUGGAUAUGCGCUACGAAAAGCUUUUUGUUGAAUUUUCUCCACGCGUCCAGACCAUUGCGCACUUGCUGACAGCCGGAGAGCUGACAAGGAUUGUUACCGCUUACGCAAAGGUACGUAUACCCGAUGUUGGGAUCUUUAACGCUUGCGGUGAUCGUGCAGUGGAAGUGGCGAAUUCGUUCGAGCCGGAUGAGGCGCAGCAGGUAUUGAUAGCUUUUCGAUCGACAAGGAACAAUCAUGAUGGCUUAAUGGCAUCCUUUGCAAAGAACUUCCCAGAGGUUGUGGCGGCACUGCCGCCGAUGGAAGCGGAAGCGGGGGAGGGAGCUGCCACUGCAGCGCAGGGAAAGGACGAGGAAGUAGAGGGAGAAGGCGUCCGCAUCGGCGUCGUUGGCGCGUAA